AUGGGAAGAUUGGACAAUUCGGAAUUCUUAAAGAAAGUCUCCGAUAUUUUGGGCAAAAAUGACGGAAAAUCAUCAGUGUAUUUGACCCAAAAGAGAUUGAUACCAGCUUUGGACAUUGAUGAUGCUGGAAAAGGCAACGUGAUAAACGACUUGCUGUCCAACGUAAAUCACAUCGACACCGAGUUCGAGAAUACCUCCACAUACCCCAUCUUGAUCAGAGUGUCGUUGAAUGGAAAGGACAUAAAGGACAAGAAGGACAAGAUCAAGUUGUCUACAGUAGUGGAGACAGAGCGUUUGGAUCAAUUCUGGACCGAGUACGUCCAGGUCAUAAAGACGGGCUUCGUAGGCUUGAAGAAAAAGGAAAAGAAGAAGAGUAAGAAAGGCAAGGUGUCCAAGUAG